AUGGAGGAAGCAAAGAAUGAUUAUUAUGCCCGAAAGGCAACAUUUUAUAACAUCAUUAUUGAAAGCUUAACAGUUCCACGGUUUCAAUGUGAGUUGUACUAUGGAUUAUUAGAUGUAUCGUUUGUAAACUCCACUGUGGAAGAGUUGCCUAAGCAGUUGUUCGACUCAUUUAAUGGUAUACAGAUUGCAAAUCUCACUCGCAGCGGUAUCAAAUAUGUGAAUCGUUACAGUCUCGAAAGGGCCCAAUCGCUGCAAGUGCUAGAUGUAUCGUGGAAUGCAUUGAGCGAGCUGACCGCGAAUUGUUUUUCCGGAGCAACUGCUCUAACCAAACUCGUUUUAUCAUACAAUAAUAUAAGCUCUAUUGAUAAUAUGGCCUUCAUUUCGCUGAUAAAUUUGAGGAUUCUUCUGUUGACUGGAAAUAAACUUCGCUCAUUGGACAGUAACGUUUUCAACUCGCUAGUAGCGUUACAAACCAUUUAUCUAGACUCCAAUAAGCUUGAAGUGAUAGAACACGAUCUCUUCGCCAAAAAUGUUAAACUGCAAAACAUUCUUCUGCAAAACAAUAGCAUCAGCGUGGUCGAGCAUGGGGCAUUCAAUCAACCGUCCAAUCUGAGUAUUCUUUCAUUAAGCAACAAUAACCUGACAAAACUCAAUCUGAGCGCAGUAGAAGUGAAGAAAGUGUACCUGGCAAACAACAAGCUCGAGGAAAUCUAUCUCUCACCCUCGAUGGAAUUAGUUUCCGCAGGGAACAACAGAAUCGCAAGCAUUUUAAUGGACAACUCAUCGAGCAUGAACCUCACGACACUCGAUUUGGACAAUAAUUCCAUCACGUCCUUUGAAUCGAUUGCACAUUUACCAUCGCUCGUGAACCUCUUUCUAUCCAACAACCGGAUCGGCCCAUUGAACCUCACGAGCUUUGCGAAGUUUACCAAACUCGAACAGCUGGGACUGGAGCGUACGUUCAUCUCCAACCUGCAACACGGUACCUUUGCGCAGCAGGAGUCUCUGAAAUGGUUAGAUCUAAGCUACAAUAAUCUGGAUCGGUUCGAUUUCGACAUUCUCACAUCCUCCACCGCACUGGAGACGAUCUUUCUCGACGGCAACCGCCUAAAGUCGGUCAACUUUCAAUAUCUCAAAAAGACGUUCCCGUCACUCGUGAAGAUUGGGCUGUCCGAUAACAACUGGAACUGCACAUACCUGAUCGAGCUCGUGCGAUAUUGCACCGCACAUUCGAUCGCGCUGUUCAAAUCCCAAUCGUCCGUGCAGAACCAAACGAAUGUGAAGGGCAUCUACUGUUACGACGAUAAGAAUCCUCUUGCCAACUGGAACGUUACCAUGCAGCAGAUGCAGCUACUGCAUCCACAUCUCAACAGUUCCACAGAGGACGGUGCACUGCAGUCGUUGCUGCAGAGCGUGCUGGAAGAUGUGCGUCGUUUCAGCGAUAGCAAUGCAGACGUAGCGAAUCAAACCACCAAACUCGAUGGCGCAGUGUACGAUCUGACAAGGAAUCAGUUCGCCCUGCAGAAGGAUCUCAACAGCUUGCGGCAGUCGCUGUUCGAGAUACGGUUGGCAUUGAUGUCGAACAGGACGAACGGUAGUGCUGGUGUGGAUAAUAACGAGUUGCGUCGCAUGAUCGAGACGGCGAACAAUUUAACGCUCGACAAACAGGAACUGAGCGCUAAAACACUCGAGUUCAAGAUCUACGAACAGACGUUCAAGGUGGAUAAAGCGAUGGAGCUUGCCAAGGAGAACAGUGAAAAGAUCGCGCUAGUGGCGAAGGGAAAAGGGCCAUGUAGCUACAACGUUGCUGAUUUCAGUGGUGUAAGUUUGCAGGCGCAGAACCAACAGCAGCAGCAACAACUUUUGCAACAGAGUGCUGCACAUGUAAGCGGAGGCAGCGGAGAACAUGGGUUGAUCAUUACAAUAGUGGUAAUGUUGUGUCUCCUGAUGGGGGUGAUUGUGUUUGGAUUUUUUAAAUUUAAUCGUCGUUUGUUCAACGUCGAACGAAACCGAUAUGCAAACAGAGACAGUAGUUUGGCAACAAUAAUUCAUGAGAAUAUUUGA